AUGUCUGUACGCGUCGGUGACUCGCCAGAAGACGCCCUGUCAACAGGGGCUUCGACCUCAGCGUCACCCUCACCGUCUCCAUCACUUGCCGCAAGAAAUGGAUUGGCGAUGCGGCAAAAGCUUGAAGCUAGGAGUGCGUCCGGAGCCAAGCGGAAACGGGCGGACACGGUCGCAUCCGAGCCUUCAACCCAUCGGCGCAGGACACUAGACCCCGGUAACGGAGACGAGAACGAAGAGAACGAUUCCCUCAAUGUCUACGACCCGGAUCAACCCGUGGAGGAGCGUCGGGCUAUUCAAAGAGGAUUCAGAGAUCUUCUCAAAAACGUCACGGAGUGUUCAGAGGAGCUCUUGCAGAGCGAUUCUCGUGCCUUACACGAGACCAUCUUAAAGGCCAAUGAGCUAUCCAAGCAGGUGAAACAGACUACAGAGGCAACAAUCGACUCACGUCUGCUCGUCAGCACAACCGAUCUGUCGUAUCGAAAGACUCUGCGCCUUGCUCAAGGCAGCCUGUCACAAGGAGUGGACGUCGACGAGUUCAUCUCCAAGGCCAUCACGUACAUGCGACAUGGCAGCGGCAUCAGUGAUGAUAAUGCCCUCGAACUUUCCAGCACCCAGCGGCAUCGGAGAGCUGUUUCCCGGCGCGGAGGGAACGGGGGUGACGAUGACGACGACGACGACGACGACGACGAUGAGGAUGUAGGCGACGAAGGUGACAUGAUGAAUUGGCCGCACCUGGGUCGCUUCGCCUGCUUACCGCAUAUCCGCCGACCAGCCCUUCCUGGCUUCCUCCUAGGGCCCUUGUCGGUUGAGAAAAAAGCGCGCAAGAUAGCAAAACGAAGCGCGCCUUUUCGACCCAACGCCUUGAUAGAGAUUCGUCCCGAGGUGCUCAACGUUGAGGACAUGGCAAAGAAGGAGAAUGACCUGACUUCUAUAUGCACCAAGAUAUUGCAGCGCUUGCACGAGAUUCAAGCGGAGACGCAAGAAACGGUGGCAGACAUGAUCGAGGAUGAUAUGGUCGACGAAGAAAAGACGCGAAUCAUGCACCAACAUGGGCUUCGAAGCACUGGAGGGAUAGACUUGAUGCGAUUUGUAGUAAACCCUCGGUCGUUCGGACAGACGGUGGAAAACAUGUUUUAUGUCAGUUUCCUCAUACGAGAUGGACGAGUCGAGAUAGAGUUGGACGAAUUUGAUCUGCCUGCUCUCGCUCCUGUCGAUCGGGAACCUGCGGACGACAGAACCCAGCGUCAUGGUGCAUCCAAGCACCAAGCAAUUCUGUCCAUGGACGAACAAACCUGGCGCGAGAUCAUCACAGUAUUCAACAUUUCGGAGCCCAUGAUUGCACAUCGCCGAGAAGCGAACCAUUCUGGCCCAGGAGCGCGGAGUUGGUACGGUUAA